UAUUUUUCUAUUUGACUAAUUUGAUUUGAAAAAUUACUUUAGUAAUUUUUUUAUUUCGUUUAUUUCAAAAAUCCAUUUAUAAUAUCUUUCCAAGACACACACAUAAUACACGUAGGAAAUAAUUUGCAAAUAAGUAAAUAAAUAAAUACUGCGAUCUAUUAAAUUAAAGCAGAAAAGACUGUCACAUUGUUUACUUUUUUAUUUUAUACGCAAACUUAAUUAUUAUAAUAUAGUAGAUAUGCAAGAAAUAUAUGUAAUAUUAUGUUAUGUACUUGGAAUGGAACAAUGAAACUGCGUUUAUUUAUUAGAGAUCGAUCAUGUAAUCAUCGCUUUCAAAACUUAAAUUCUUAUUUUCCGCUGUAUCUAUUACACAUGAACUUUUUUAUUCGUGCGAUCACAAAUUAUUAAACGUAAUUAAUAUGCGGAUAUUAAAGAAAAUUAUUAGGAUUAAUAUCCGUGAUAGCUUUAACGUAGUAUACCAAAAAAUUUUUGUGAAAAACGUCGCAUAUAUUUCUAAGAUUAUGAUGUGGUAAUUUAUAAUUUUUUCACAUAUAUAAUUAUGUAAUUGCGUGAAUAAAAAAUUUUACGCAGAAUAUAUAUUAGAUACAGCGGAAAGUGAAAAGUUUCACAAAACUACACGAUAAAAGAUACCCUUUGAAACUACUAGCACAUUAAUGGACAAUCUGAAGUAAGUCGUUUGUAAAUCGACCGAUGCAGUAGUGAUGGGUGAUGAUCUACGAGAGAUCAAAUCAGCCCGCAAUAACGAACCCGCAAUAGCCGUAUUCACGCUCGUGUAGACCCCGUUUAACGUAGCGGUGGUACCUUUUUCGCCUGUUAAAUUACUUUUGUCACGCUUAAAUUUUACCUCUCAUUAGGCUAUCCUCUAUUUUUGUAGAAAACGGAAAAAUCUUGCGAAUUCGGAAGAUUUGGCAAUUUUACGAAGAAUGGCCAAGAGUCGCGACAAACAUGACCGUGAGUCAGAUUAUACGGGGCAAACAACGAUGUGGUUCUUCAAAGACCAGGAUCAACGUGACAUUGACAUGGAAGUAGGACAAACGACUUCACGGAACAAAGCGUGGGAUAACUCCUUGCUUUCUACUUACACAUGCCAAUUAUUCGCAAUUUCCCCCACAACAAGAAUAACUACGCCUGUACCUCCAAAUGCUCCUAUCAAACCGAGAAAACUUUUCUCUAAAGAAGGUUUAAAACCUAAAAAGCUUCGAUUCACGGAUAAAGACAAGAACGAAGUAAAAAACGAAAAUUGCUUUAAAAAAAGUACAAAUUUUUCAAUCGAGAUGUCGAAAGAAGAACUCUCGAAGCAACAAAGCGAAUCAAAAGGAAUAUUAGAACGCGAGAAUUUGAGUUUUAUGUUGCAAAGUAUACGACUUGAGCUAGACAAUAAGGAGAACAGGCAAUAUGGACAAGAACGAUAUGAAAGAAGAGCUAGAAAUAAUCGUUUUAUCGUAAAAGAACAUGCGAGAAAUAACAAUAAUUCUUCACAAUCCUCAAAAUUGAACUGUAGCUCGAAAGAUUUUAAUAAAUGCCCUGUCACAUUGUUGCCAUGUAAGACUACAUGGAGUAAGGUAGAGAAAUUAUUACAAUUUCAAAGAGACACUGGUAUGUGGAUUCAGUGCUGUAGAAAAAACUGCAAUAAAUGGCGAUACUGUGACGAUUUUCAUGAUCCUGUGGAUGUACCAAAGAUUUGGUACUGCGAAAUGAACUCAAAUAAAGCUCUUGCUUCUUGUUUCGUACCGCAAGUACCAAAUACGAAAGAAGUAGAAGAGGAUUUAAUAGAAAAUAAAUAUAAUGCCGGAAGUCUUGUGUGGGGUCACGUAGAUGGUUAUCCAUGGUGGCCCGCAAUUGUAGACGAUUGCCCUGAAACUUUACAGUUCUAUGAAUUACAAGAAUCAUCAAUAAUCCCUGUAAAAUACCACGUGACCUUCUUCGAAGAUAAUAUUCAAUGUGCUUGGCUUAAUGUAAAAAACAUCAAAGCUUUCACGAAAUAUAAGAAAAGCACUCUUGUGAAAGAGAACAAAUUCUACAAAGCAAAUUAUAAAAAAUCGCUGGAAAAAGCUUACGCCUUGGCACAAAGCACGAUUUCAUUAUCAAUAAUCGAGAGAUUACAAAGAUUCAGUUGUAUUUCACGCCUAAAAUUACAUGCCAAGAUCUGUGAUUCAAUAAAUGAGGAGCAAGAUGAUGAAAUUCCCAUCAUCCCAACUAAACUCAAUCAAUCAUAUUGUGUUAAAAAAGUUUUAUUUUAAAAACAAACAUUGCACAAAAGGCAAUUCUAAAUAUCUACAAAUAGAGAAAAGUACAUAUUGUUAUUAUUAUAUAUAUCAAUUUUUACAUAUAUACUUAUAUCUUUUCUUAAUUGUAUUUUAUUGUGAAAACAAGUUUUAGAAAUUGUUAAAAAUUUAUAUUUUAUUUAAAAAAAGAAAUCAGUAGCGAGUCUUUAAUUUAUGUUUAAUUUAGAAAUAUAAAAUUUUGAGAGAAAGAUUCUUGAGAAAUGUUUUCAGUUAAAAUAAAAAUUGGUCGAUCGCUAUGCUAUAUGCAUAAUCAUACAUCGAUAUAACAUGUCGAGAUGUCGAUACAACAGAUUAGAUGUAUACGUCGAUAUAAGAACAUGUACCUAUAACAUAUUAUAAAACGUUCUAUUGUUAAUAUAUCUGAUUUUAGUAUUAAUGUAGUGUCAAAAUAAAAGUGCAUAUAAUAUUAAAAAUAAAAAAUAUAGAAUAUUAUUUUUAUUAUUUUUAAUAACAUAUAUAUAUUUUUUAAUUUUCUAUGAUUCAUGAAUUAUUGUUUACUUAGAUGACACGUUAAACAUAACAUUAACAUAAUUUACACAGUUUACAUUAUGUACACGUUAAUUAAAAUUAUUUAUAUUUUACGCAUUAAUGUCAAAACCUGCAGCAUAAGUAUCACGCGUUUAAAAAAUAAGAAAUCUAUUUUAUCGAUUGAUAUGAAAUUAAUUCGUUUCACAUAAUAGUUCGCAACAAGAAAUAUGGAACAGAGGGCCACUGUCGUAAAUUUUAAUUACAAUUAAAUGACGCACAUAAUAAUAAGAAAAAGGAAUAA